GUUUAGAUCAAGAUGCUUGGAAAAUCAAGUGUAUCCAAGAAGACUCCACAGGGAAAGAGAAAUCCAAAAAGAAAACUUGAUAAUGAGGAAGCAAAGCUGCCAGAGAAAGAGGUUAAAAAAGCAGUGAAAAGUAAAAACCACACAGAGCGCCUGUCUCUUGGAGGGCAAAUAAAUCUAAAACGGGUAAAAAUAAGUGUCAACAAGAGAAGAACUUGGCAGCCUCUUUCAAGUAACACCAGGGAACAUUUGCAGACUGUGAUGGAAUCAGUAAUAAUAGCAAUUUUGAGUAAAAGCGUUAAAGACAAAGAGCAAAUCCAAUAUCAUCUCAACCUUCUGAAGAAAAGGUUGCUACGCCUGUAUGAAACUCUCAAAGCCCCUUCCAAAAAGCUGAAAGAUCUCACCAAUGUGCCGAAUCUGCUGAAAAUGGAAAGAGCACGGGAAAAAGUAAAUGAAGACGGUCUGACAUCACUGCAGGAAGAAAUAGAUAAAAUAGUAGAGAAUGCAGAGAUGAUGACGGGGAAUAUUCAGAGCCUGAAGAAAAAAAUUCAGAUUCUAGCAAAUGAAGUGGAAGAAGAGGAGCAGAAGGUAAAACAGAUGCUUCAAAUGGGUGCUAGUGAGGUACUCUCGCUUCCACAACUGCCUCAGGACAGCCUUAAAGCACCUACACUCCAGAAAGAAAUUCUGACAUUAAUUCCAAACCAGGCUGCUCUCCUGAAGGAUUUGCAUGUUCUUCAUCAUUCGUCCCAGGUGAAGAACACGCUAACGUUCAUCGAGGAAUCCUAUAAGAAACUAGAUGCCUCUUAGAAAGAACUUUUUAAUAUUGGUCUGUAUUUUAGGUUUUUAUAUUUGAAGUUGUUAGCAUAUGAUCAUAUUACAAGGAUAAAACUUAAUAUCUACUAAUAUGCACUUUAAAAUUAUCCUCCGGGAACAAGUGUUUGUCUUAGUGGUAAAAACCGUUGUGCCCCGCACUUCAGUGCCUGUGCUCAGGUAGCAGAUGCGGUUACUGGAAUUCCUUCUCCAACGUCCCAGCCGCCGCUGUGGGAAGCACCCUUAAGACUCAAGUGACCGAGCUCCGGCCCUCUCCGGAUGGCUGUGAUUGUGUUCCGGGCCUAGAGUUUGGCCCAGACCCUUUCCUGACCUUUACAGACAUCUGGAGACUCAAGCAAUCAGUCUUCUCAAAUAAAUAACAUUUUUAAAAAUAAAUGAAAAAUUAUAAUUGUAGUAUAGCCCUAGAAAAUGUGUUGUCAGCAAUUGCUAAUCCUGGAGGUCAGUAUUUAUAUGCCUGUACUUAUUUGCUUAAAGCCGUAAAUGAAACGUAGUUAUGUUAAUUUUUGUUUGGAAUGCAUCUGUUGGUGAGCACAGAGGACUUAUAAUCGGAUUUAAUGUAUAUAAAGUAUUUAUAUUAGAUGCCUAGUGAAUAAAAGCACAGUGUUUGUUUUCACUCAUUCUAUAACUUACAUUUUCAUUCUGGUCAUCCAGAAGGUGAGACAUCCUCAAAUGCCUUCACCGUUUCCUAACUCCCUCGUCUUUGUGAUUAUGUCAUGGUUAUUUUUGCUUGUAAAAUUAAUAAAAGAAC